AUGGGCCGUCAAAAAGCUGUUGCAAAAGAUCUCUUGGCCAGCAUCCCAUCAACCAUCGACGCUCCACCAGCGCAAUCUCAGCCCCCAUGCGAAGCCGAAAAGAAUAAAGAAGGCUUAGCCAAAAGCAAAGGUCACUUUCAAGCCAUCCAACAUGCUCAUUCCUUCUCAAUUCAGUCCUUUGAGAACCGAAAAGAACUGGCCGAUAAGAAGAGAGAAGUUGCUAGUCUGCAAAAGGCCAACAAAAGCUUACAAUCAAAAAUGAAGAAGUUGGAAGACCAAGUUGAGGCUGCCAUCAAGGCCCAAAAUGUUGCCGAAGAAAAAGCAGAAUUUGCCGAGGCCAUAAAGAAGGUUCUUGAGUCUGAAAAGAGGGAGGUUGAGGAGAAAACGGCCCAGGCCCAGAAAGAAUUGCAAAAGGCCUUGGCCACGAAGGACGCCGAGCUCAAGGCAGCCGAUGAGAAGGGCUAUAAUGAGGGGGUGGCUGAUGUUACGGUGGACUAUGAAAAGCAAGGUGGGGAGGUUCCCAAAGAUGCUACAGCUAAAAAGGCAUCAGCCGACGUGAUUCUUGCCAACAAGAGCCUUGAUGAAACCCUUCAAGAAAUUGAUGCCGAGCUUGCAGCGGAAAAGGCUGCCAAGGUGUCUUCCCAACAGUCGUCCGAACUUCAGACCCAACCAUCUGUUGUUGCCGAAGAGUCUUGA